AUGAAUGGCUAUGUUUUAGCGAAGAAGAUUUUACGGGCAGGAUAUUAUUGGUUAACUAUGGAGCAAGAUUGCUUUUGCUUUGUUCACAAGUGUCAUCAGUGUCAAAUUCAUGGUGAUUUGAUUCACUCGCCACCUUCAGAGCUGUAUCCUAUGUCUGCUCCUUGGCCAUUCAUUGCUUGGGGCAUAGAUGUAAUCGGUCCAAUAGAACCAAAAGCUUCUAAUGGGCAUCGAUUCAUACUGUCCAUCAUCACAGACAAUGCAACCAAUCUCAAUAGUCAUCUAAUGAAGAAGGUUUGCGAGCGAUUCAAGAUUGUGCAUCAUCAUUCUACCCCUUAUCGUCCCAAAGCAAAUGAAGUCGUUGAAGAAGCGAACAAGAAUAUUAAAAAGAAGUUGAAAUUCCCUCACUUCAUUGUUGAAGUCGAGAUUGACGAUACUGAAUGGGUUAAGUCUAGACAAGAACAAUUAUCAUUAAUAGAUGAAAAAAGGUUGACGAUAGUUUGCUUUGGCCAAUUAUACCAGCAGAGGAUGGCGCGAGCUUACAAUAAGAAGGUUUUUCUGCAAAGCACAUGUGUAUUCAAGAAUGAAAUCCCAUCUUCAGUCAGAAUAAAGAAGAAUGAUCAGUUUGAAGAUAGUUAG